CAGCAGUACCGUCCGUGAGGGAUCAAGGAGAUCUUUAUGAAAGGAAAGCCUUUAACACCGUCUGGCACGUAUUAAUCAGUUAGUUGUGUAUUAAUCAAUUAGUUAGUGUUAGCAUUGUUAUUGGUUCAAGAAACACUAAUGAGAGGCCUGGAACUGUGCCCACGGGGGAUUUGCGGGCUCAAACCCGGGUAUUCCCCGGCGCGAAGGAAAACCAGCCGCCUACGACCUGCGGGGGCCAGCGAACUCUAGCACGUGGGUGGGCCCUGAGCCUCACCCUCGGCCCCGCUCCCCGGGGCCUGCGCGCGGGGGCACUGAGGCGGCGAGGGCUGAGAAAGGAGACCACCCCAAGUGCUCAGGGUACUGGGGAAGGCUCCCCCGCGUCCGGGCUAGUGUCCCUUUUGUCUGUCCGGUAAAUUCCACCCUGUCGCUUUAAGGCUGAAGUCUCUGGCCCCAACGCGGUGGAAAGCCUGAUGCAGCUCUCUGAUUGGGCGGGGCGUCAUGGUGACGUAGCUCCGGGUACAAAUGGGCCCCGGUGGCGGGCGCCGGGGCAGAGCGUCCUAGGGGUGUUUCGGCGCCCGUGGGCGUGAGCGGAGAAAGCGUGAGCCAGCGCACAGUCCGAAGUGCGUCUGCUCAGCAGGGAAGUCCCCACCGUCGAGUCGCCAUGGAGGUGCAGAAGGAGGCGCAACGCAUUAUGACCCUGUCGGUGUGGAAAAUGUACCAUUCGCGCAUGCAGCGCGGAGGGCUGCGGCUGCACCGGAGCCUGCAGCUGUCUCUGGUCAUGCGUAGUGCCCGGGAGCUUUACCUCUCGGCCAAGGUGGAAGCCCACGAGCCGCCCGAGGUGCCCUCGCCAGUCGCCCGCUCCCCCGACCCUCGCCUGCACCCACCGCGGGAAGCACAAGCCGCAGCGGAAGCAGCGUCCACCGACGGUGAGCAGCCCUGCCCGGAGCCCAUGGACACUCAGGAGGCGCCGAAAGCCGAGGAGAUCCCUGCCCGCUGUGCCCCGCGACCCGCCAAAGUCAGCCGCAAGCGGCGCAGCAGCAGCCUCAGCGACGGCGGGGAUGCCGGACUGGUCCCGAGCAAGAAAGCCCGUCUAGAAGAGGAGGGCGCGGAGGAAGGGGAGUCUGCGGAGGUCCCCGAGCGCCUGCAGGCCGCUCCCGCGCAAGCGGAAGGUGCCUUCCCCAAUCUGGCGCGCGUCCUGCAGAGGCGCUUCUCCGGUCUCCUGAACUGCAGCCCCUCCGCGCCCCCGACAGCGCCUCCGCCGCCGGCCUGCGAGGCGAAGCCGGCCUGCCGCUCGGCGGACAGCGUGCUGAACGUGCUCGUCCGGGCCGUGGUGGCCUUCUGAGGCCCCCGAGCGCCGCUGCCGGAGUCCAGAGCGCGGGCCAAGCGUCGGCCCGAGUACACAGACCCGAAGCCAGGCCGCCCCCGCGGGGCAGGCCCGCGGAAACGGUGGAGAGGAGCCGCGGCCCGGGAAGCUGUCGCCACCGUGUGCAGUGGCGGCGCCAAGGAACCUGAGCCGGGGCGGGGGCGCCUUCCUCCGAGCCCGGCCGCGCCCACAGGUGCCGGCUUAACCGACGGGGACGUGGCCUUCCCGUCCCCCGGGACUGGGUGAGGGGGUCUGGUUCCGGACACUCCUCGGGGUCGGACUUUAUUUUCACCGGGGGCUGUGCUGCCCUUUCGAGGUGUUGCGGUAGUCGGUGUCCUCGUUCCCAGCGGCGCCCAGGCGCCCUCUUUCCCUCGGGGGACAUGCUUAUGCAAGCGGUCAUCGUUGCGUCACGGGCAGGCGUGGGGCGCUUCCUGUCGCCUCGCGUGGGUGUGGGGCCUGGGAGCGGGACCGCCUGGGGCACCGCCCCCGCGCUUCUGCCCGCACCCCUGCGCCUUCUGGGCAGGGGGAACGGAUCUCAUUUCAGGCUAAAUUUUUUUCUCGUUCGGUGCGUUCGAGGUGGGGAUAUGCGCACGGUCUGAAGCGUGACCCUCCCUCGGGCACAGACCAUCAACCCAGAAGACCUUGGUCUGAGUCACACGAGUGGGGGAAGGGGUGCCCGCAGUUCUGAGAGGCCGAGCUGGGCCCAGGUGCUGCGGAGACCGGGCCCGCUUGGGGAGGGAGAUUCUAGCCAGUGCGUUCGAGGGCCUAUUUACUCUGGUGGGUUCUGUUUAACUCUGUCUGUCUGGCCUUUUGCUAGAGAGACCAGAUACGAAAAUAAAGACCAUUUAACUGCAAA